GUUUAUUAACUUUUUGAAGAACUAUAAUAAUCCAAACUUAACUAUAUCAUUUUCUGCGGAACGGAGUAUUGAAGAUGAAAUCAAUCGUGAAAGCAAUAGUGAUAUUGGCACUGUGUUGAUAAGCUAUAUUGUCAUGUUUGUGUAUAUCUCCAUAGCUUUGGGACAUAUCCAGAGCUGUAGAAGACUGCUGGUGGAUUCAAAGAUCUCCCUGGGCAUUGCAGGCAUCUUGAUUGUACUAAGCUCAGUGGCAUGUUCUAUAGGCAUUUUCAGCUACUUUGGAAUCCCACUGACACUAAUUGUAAUAGAAGUAAUUCCCUUCUUGGUGCUGGCUAUUGGAGUGGACAACAUCUUCAUUAUGGUCCAGACGCUUCAGAGAGAUGAGCGUCUUCAGGGUGAAACUCUGGACAAACAGAUUGGCCGAGUCUUGGGAGAUGUGGCACCCAGUAUGUUUCUCUCAUCUCUUUCGGAGACUGUGGCAUUCUUUCUUGGGACACUGUCUACGAUGCCAGCGGUUCGCACAUUCUCCCUUUUUGCUGGAAUGGCUGUGCUCAUAGACUUUAUUCUUCAAGUCACUUGCUUUGUAAGUCUCCUGGGCUUGGAUAUUAAGCGUCAAGAGAGCAACAGACUGGAUAUUCUGUGUUGCAUCAAAAGCAAUGAAGAGAUGAGUGGAGUGCAGCGUUCUGAGAGCAUCUUAUUUGUGUUCUUCAAAAAUCUGUAUUCUCCUUAUCUGCUUAAGGACUGGAUGAGACCGAUAGUAAUCGCAGUGUUUGUGGGUGUUCUGUCAUUCAGUACUGCAGUUAUGCACAAUGUAGAGAUUGGACUGGAUCAGUCUCUCUCAAUGCCAGAUGACUCCUAUGUAAUGGAUUACUUUAGCCACCUCAGCAAGUACCUGCAUGCGGGUCCUCCUGUCUACUUUGUCCUAGAAGAAGGGCACAACUACACCUCUUUGGAAGGGCAGAACAUGGUGUGUGGUGGAAUGGGAUGUAAUAAUGAUUCACUUGUCCAGCAAGUCUUCAAUGCUGCAGAAAUUGGUAGCUACACAAGGAUAGGCUAUGCCCCAUCAUCCUGGAUUGAUGACUACUUUGACUGGGUGAAGCCACAGUCAUCCUGUUGCAGAGUCUACAAUACCACUGGACAGUUUUGCAAUGCUUCAGUCACCGAUCCAUCCUGCACUCGUUGUCGACCACUGACUCAAGAAGGCAAGCAGAGACCACAGGGCAAAGACUUCAUGACAUUUUUGCCAAUGUUCCUGUCGGACAACCCUAAUCCUAAAUGUGGUAAAGGAGGACAUGCUGCGUAUAACUCUGCUGUCAACUUCAUAAACAACAAGUCUGAUGUUGGAGCUACUUAUUUUAUGACUUACCAUACUGUACUGAAAACAUCAUCUGACUUUAUUGAUGCUAUGAAGAAAGCUCGGGUUAUAGCAGAUAACAUUACUGAAACCAUGGGCAUCAAAGAGAAGAACUACCGGGUGUUUCCUUACAGUGUCUUUUAUGUCUUCUAUGAACAAUACCUGACGAUUGUGCAUGAUGCUAUCUUUAACCUCUGCAUCUCCUUGGGAUCGAUAUUUUUGGUGACAACUGUGCUGCUUGGCUUUGAAGUAUGGGCUGCUGUUGUAGUUUCAAUAACUAUUGCUAUGAUAAUCAUCAACAUGUUUGGAGUGAUGUGGCUCUGGGGCAUCAGCUUGAAUGCAGUUUCAUUAGUAAAUCUUGUCAUGAGUUGUGGCAUUGCUGUGGAAUUCUGCAGUCACGUGACAAGAGCCUUCACUGUUAGUACUAAGGGCAGUAGAGUAGAGCGUGCAGAAGAAGCUCUGUCUCACAUGGGCAGUUCAGUUUUCAGUGGUAUCACACUAACCAAAUUUGGAGGAAUUGUAGUACUGGCUUUUUCCAAAUCUCAGAUCUUCAAGAUAUUUUACUUCAGGAUGUAUCUAGCUAUGGUUCUGCUGGGAGCAACACAUGGACUAAUAUUUCUGCCAGUUCUGCUCAGUUACAUAGGCCCAUCAGUAAAUAAAGCUAAAACUCGUGCUACACGAGAGAGGACCAGAGGUACAGAACGGGAGCGACUCCUCUACUUCUAGUUUUUAACAGUGUUCAGUGGACUCCAGGAACUGUGGCUUAGGCCCAACUUUUAAGAACUGAAGCGCAGCAGUGUUCUAUGACUAUCACACUGUAACCACCACUGACUUGACUCCCACACAGAUUCAAGUAGAAGAUAUCAGCUGCAGCUUUGGACAUAGCUUUAAACUCAGGAAAUGCUAUGUGUGGCUCAUGUAACAGUAUUACUAAAACUAGAUGUGUUAACAAGAUUGCUGAAACACUUCUGUUUUCAAGAGGUUGCAUCUUUUUCUUCUAGAAACCUAAACCAGCUGUAUUGAGAGUUGAAUAGCAUUUUUUGUCAAUGAAACUGAAGUGAUGUGUAUGAGAAUGGACUGCUAAACCACUGACACGAAUUUUAAAUGCAGGUCAAUGCAAUUUUUGUCUCUAUUUUUAGGAGGAAACCAUCACAAGUUGUAAUAUUUUUAGUACUAUUUGCCAAAGUGUCUUGUAUAUACUUUAUUAUAAAAUAGCAAUUUUGUAGUUCAAAAAUCUACUUAAAUGCAAUAAAUUAAGUUUAUACAUUUCAGUGGAAGAGUCUUUCA